AUGCAGUUCCCGCAAUUCAAUCCGCAGUCGCCGUUCGGCGAGGGUGGGCGCGCGUCCUCGCCACAGCCUCCGCCUUCCUAUCAGCAUGCACCGCCGUCUGGGUUUAGGAUCCCGUUGACGACGGACGCGCCGUUCCCGCCGUCUCAGCAGAGUCUUCAGCCACCUUGUCACGAUGCUGAUGGGGUCUCGCCUGUGUAUUUUGGAUCUGCCCUUUUCCCAAGCGCAGUCCAUCCAUGUAAAGUCGCGCCACAUCUCUCACCUACGCCAUGCAGAGUACCCUACGGAGGCGCCGAGAGGGAACAUCAUGGUCGAUAUGAUCUUCUUCCCUUCACGCAAGACAUGGAGCUCAUCCCCGCCUCAGGCGGACACAUCCCACCGGGCCGUCAACCCGUCGAGGGAGGGUACGAAGAACACGAUGGAAGGAGUGUGAAGUUGUAUCAUGCUGUUGUGACUAUCAAUGGUGUACGCGUUCCAGGAAAAUGUGGUGAACAUCUCGUGAGUAUAACUCCUUUCUCUUUUUGA